CACAAAAUACAACACCCAGAUCGGGGGGGUUGCUCCAUUAACGACCAAAAAAAGACGACCCAGGACGACCACAAACGUCUGCAGACGUUUAGAGCCACUCACGAAUCUCUUAUUCAUGUUUCUUCUUUCCUUCGCUUUAUGCUGUACAUCAUUCCAGUCCCCUCUAAUCGCCUCUUUGGGUUACCAACCGUCCUACAUUCGAAUCUUCUUUCGCUGUCGAUUCUAUCUACCACGCAAACCUCCUGGAGUAGGGCCUCUUGUUCUCUCCGCCUUGGCACCAAAAGCAGCUAUCACGACCUUUUCGCUUCAUAGUAACGGUAUACAAGCUUGGCCGCGCUUGAACCUUUCUUCAUCAGCCUUCUGCAGCGUCACUUGCGUCUUCCGAUCAGACAUUCAUCUAAUUUACCGAAAUGUCGACCACCCACGAUCUCUCCGGCGUACAACACGACAAAUCCACUGUCACUGUCACCCAUUCAUCGGACUGUCUCGCCUUUCUAUUAAUCUAUCUUUCUAUCUAUACCAACUUGGACCUUUCGUUCGAUAAGCUUUCCACAAUAUCCCACAAUCGUCCGUUUCUAUUUUGAACCUAAUUCUUCCGCAUUCCAUUCGCUGUCUGUCAA